UCAAGUCUUGCUUUCGAUUCUCGUUGUAUCUCCACUCCAGUAAAAGCCCUAAUUGUAUCUCUGUUCCUCUUUCUUUCACUAAUUCUCUCAAUAAAAACCGCCUUCAUCUCAAUCCAUGGGAUCUCAAGAGGACUCAUCUCUGCAAUCAAUCCGUUAUCACCGUGGCUCACUUCACUUACUUGAUCAGAGAAAACUUCCUCUUGAUACCAUCUAUUUGGAAAUUCGAGAUGCCGUUGAGGGCUGGGAAGCGAUAAGAGAGAUGGUGGUUCGUGGGGCACCUGCUAUCGCCAUAGCUGCAGCGCUUUCACUGGCUGUUGAAGUAUCGAAACUGGACGGGUUUAGUGGAACACCAAAGGAUGCAGCAUCUUUUCUUGAAAAGAAAUUGGAAUAUCUUGUCUCAAGUCGUCCGACAGCUGUGAAUCUUUCCGAUGCUGCAACUAAGCUUACGGAGCUUGUAACGAACCAUGCUGCGACUGCCACAGACGCGAAUCAAGUUUUCCAAGCUUACAUUGACGCGGCUGAAAUAAUGCUAAAGGAUGAUGUUGCUGACAAUAAAGCAAUAGGGUCGUAUGGAUCAUCUGUCAUUCAGACUCAAAAGAAGGAUUGCAAGAAAAUAUCGGUUUUAACGCAUUGCAAUACUGGCAGUCUCGCGACAGCUGGAUACGGAACCGCUCUUGGAGUAAUCCGUGCGCUUCAUGCCGAUGGAGUACUAGAGCGGGCUUAUUGCACAGAAACCCGUCCUUUUAAUCAAGGAUCAAGAUUGACAGCUUAUGAGUUGGUGCAUGAGAAAAUACCAGCCACUCUUAUAGCGGAUUCUGCGGCUGCUGCGUUAAUGAAAACCGGGCGCGUGCAUGCUGUCAUCGUUGGAGCUGAUCGUGUUGCUGCAAAUGGUGACACUGCGAACAAGAUUGGAACGUAUAGCCUUGCGUUAUCCGCCAAACAUCACGGUGUUCUGUUUUAUGUUGCGGCACCAUUGACUUCGGUUGAUUUAUCAUUGUCUUCCGGAGAUGAGAUUGUUAUCGAAGAAAGAUCAGCUAAAGAAUUACUAAAUACCCGCGGAGGUCUUGGGGAACAAAUUGCGGCUUCAGGAAUAUCUGUUUGGAAUCCAGCUUUUGAUGUUACACCGGCUAAUCUUAUUAGUGGAAUCAUAACCGAGAAGGGUGUCAUUACAAAGACAGGGAAUGAGGAGUUUGACAUCAAGGGUUUUGUACACAAGACUAUGAGCAACAACUGAUAUACAAGGGUGGUUUUCAUGACUUGUAAUGUAUUUUGUGUUUCUGAAUAAACCAGACACAAAAGCUAAAGCCGGGAUGCUUGUAUUGUCUUCGUCCCAUUAUAGGUUCAACAUUCCAAUAAUCGUAUUAGUGUAUGUUAUGGUUUUGUACCGACUUGCUUGAGCCUUAAUAAUAUGAGAUUGGUUGGUUUGCAUCA